AUGGACGAGGUAGGAAGUUUGCAAGAAACAUCAAAUUGGGAAAAUAUACUACAAUCUUUGGGGAUUGAGAAAAUCGCAAAUGAUAUUGAGACGGAGGAUGUCCAGGGAAAGGUCUUAGAGUCCCUUGAAGAGUGGGAGGAUUUUUAUUACACAUACUCUUUGUGGGUAGGCUUCAGUGUCCGCAAAGCAGAUGUACAGAAAAAAAAUGGGAACAUCACCAUGAGAAAAUGGGUAUGUUCAAAAGAAGGUUUCCGCAAACACAUGGAAAUUGACAAGGCCGGUGGGAGCAAACGAAAAACAUCUAUUACUAGGACUGGUUGCCAAGCUAGUUUUCGAGUCGUAAUGAUGGGCGAUGAGGAAACCCUAGUUGCUCAAGUGAGGUCAAUGAACCAAGUUGGGAUAAGAACUUCACACAUCAUCUCCCACUUGGCAAUGCAGUCUGGUGGGUACGAAAGGAUGCCUUGCCAGCUACGAGACGUUUACAACAAGGUCGCCCAUGUCAAAAGAAAAGAGAAAAGAUGUAUAGAUUCAGAUGGUGCUUUGGGAUAUUUGGAUUGUCUGUCAAAGAGGGAUCCAAAUUUCUUCAUUCAAUAUCAAUGUGACGUGGACAAUAGAUUGGGGAACCUAUUCUGGGCGGACGGAUAUUCUCGACGGAAUUUCGUCGCAUUUGGUGAGGUUAUUGGAUUUGACACAACAUAUAUGACAAACAAAUAUAAUAAACCCCUGACAAUUAUUUUGGGUGUCAAUCAUCAUUUCAAGACCUGCAUAUUUGGAAUGGCACUGCUUAACUCUGAGGAUGAGCAAACUUACUUUUGGUUGCUUGACAAAUUUAUUGAAUGCCACAAUCAUGUAACACCAAAGGUUGUGGUGACAGAUGGAGAUGGAGCUAUCAAAAAUGUUGUCUUGAAGUACUUCCCAAAUGCAACUCAUCGGUUGUGUGUGUGGCACCUGUGUACCAACGCUUUAAAAAUUUCAAAAGACCCCCGAUUCUUACAAGGAUUUCAAGAUGUCAUGUCCAACUAUUACACAAUAGAGGAAUUCAUGCAAAAAUGGGGGGAAUUAAUACACAAUUUUGACCUCCAUUCUAGCCAAUGGUGCACCAACACUUAUCACAGUCGUCGUUCAUGGGCAGAGACAUACCUAAGAGGGAAAUUUGUCGCCGGAAUGCGGACCAACCAAGGAUGUGAGUCCAUGAAUUCAAGUAUUAAAAAAUUCCUACAUGCAAGUUAUAGUCUCCGUGAAUUCGUUACCUCGAUUGACGUUGCUAUGACAAAGUUGAGGCACGUCGAGAGAGAAGAUGAUUACAAUAGUCGACACAGUAGUCCUCCAAUACCAGGUCCCAAAAAUGCUCUUAAGACGUACCAUGAGUAG